CUUUGAAGUGUUGACGUGAAUUGUUUCUAAAACAAAAAUCAGUUCUCCGAGCGCAUCGAUCGUGAUAAGUUGUAUACACUGUGUUUGUAUGUUUUGAAAGUGAUCAACAGAUUGUCAGUGAUUUUAUACAAAUUUUUUGUGAAGGAACAUAAAUAUUUGCUCUAACCAACAAUAUUAUAUGAACAUUUUAUUUGCAAAAUUAAAAAUCUGUGACAAAAUGUACCCAACGCAAUUUGAAACUGAACAAAACAUGCAAUUCGUCAACGAUCAACAUUUACUCCAUCGGAAUAUUUAUACGAACAACGAAAUGGACAACAAUCAAAAUAUGAGUUACUGGCCUCAGCCUCAAGGGCAGCAAAAUAGUGUUUCGUCGGUGGAAUCUUCACCGCCAGUGGAUGAUGACACACCUCGUGUUGCUAAGAAAGGUGCAAAGUCUAAAGAACCGAAACGUAGCCGCACCGCUUUCACCAGCCGACAAUUGGUGGAACUGGAGAAAGAGUUUGCCGACAACAAGUACCUUUCCCGUUCCCGGCGAAUUGAUUUGGCAGCCUCCUUGGAUCUAACAGAACGCCAGAUCAAAAUCUGGUUCCAGAACCGUCGAAUGAAAAAUAAAAAGGAUCUUCAGUGUGCCAAAGAGAAAAUUUACCGAUACCGUAGGACAUCGUCGGACGCAUGCUCCGUAUCACCGAAGUCUGAUGAUUUUUACAAUUUACCGUACGAAGACGGAAAUAAUUCGCCCAGCGAUAAUUUGCCGCAAACGAUCAUUCCGACAACAGUGCCGAAUACGAAUAAAGCCGAGGGUGCUGAGAUUCGGGAUCCGCAUGAAUUCGACGUUUUCUAUGAGAAUUUCGGCAGAAACAUGUACCACAAUUACGAUCAACAAAUGGCAACGAUGAGCAACAAUUACUUAAGCAGUCUGUUUCAAACGAACAACAACAACAUCAACAACAACAACAACAACAACAACCAGUUUGACCAUUACAACUUUAACAGCGAGUACGUUGGCCCGAUUCGUCGACACAGCCCUUAUGCUCAAUGCCCGAUGAAAGGUCAAUACACACCGAAUCCUCCAUUGAACGAACCGAUGAUGAAUUACGAUGGUAACGUUCUCUACGACAUACUAAACGAUUCAAAGGCUGAAAUUUUGAUGCAACCACAAUCGGCCGACUUGCAAUGGGUGUCAUCAAUGCUUCUACCAGCCGGUCCGGAAUUCACGAAUUUGUAAGUUAUUAUUCGGUCAUGGAAAUUUGACUUAACUUGUGAAAUCGACUGCAUUUGUACAUAAAAAAAAACAAUUCGCGAACCGUUCGCAUUGAUUCGUGUUCGGACCAUGUUUUGAAUCUAGCGAACGAGGAUUUUUAUUUCGUUUUUUGUAUUAAAAUUCAAAAUUUUCAUUUAUCGACCAAACAUUUUUAAAAUUAAAUAUCGAAACAAAACUUGAAUAUUGUGUAGAAUGUGUGCAGUCCCAAGCAAUCAAAUUCCUAUUGGCUCCGCGGCUAAAAUCACUCGCCGAAACGUUUCAAUCGGUGACGUUGCAAAUAUUUUUUUUUCUUGGUCUUUAAUCGAAAUGAGGAGAUUUCUCGAAUCCUCAAAUCCUUUUUUAUGCUGCCAUUAUUAGAUGAUUAUAUGUAGCGUUGAAUCAAUGACCCUAAAUGUAUUUGCAUUUUCGUGAGCAUGAAACACGAAGAAAACAAAUGCGAAUGGUUCUUUGCUUUAGCUUUUUUUUUUUUUUAUUGUUAUUGUAAAAGUGUUUUGUAGAUCAGUUUCUUUACGGUCCGUAUCGGAUGAUUAAGUCAUUUAUGUAACAGUGAAGUUAACCAAAAAAAUUGUCUGACAAAAAACUUUCUUCCUUGUACGAUAAAUGAAACUUUCACCAAGUAAUGGAUCUGAAUAAAAUCUUCUUUUGUACAAGGAAGAUUGUUUUGGUUCAAACUUUACUGUAAUUUAAGUUUAAUGUUUAUUGCCGCAUAAAAUGCGUGACUACUGUACUAGCAAUAUUGCGCCCGUACGGCGUUUAACUAUUUACAUAGUGAAAAUAAGAAACUCACGUCGGUGUGAUAUGCGAAUUUCUAAAAGAAAAAUUCCAUUUUGUGAAUCACGAAGGCGAAAGAGAACCUUGAUAUUUUUGAUUCAACUAAGUGCUUAAGUGAAAAACGGUGUCAUUUUGAAUAGAAUGAAUAAAAAAAAAAUAAGAAUUUCGUCAAUAAGUUAAUUUAUCAAAAACCGAAAAUCGGAGAAAUAUUAAUUCCAUUUUGCUUAAUUUAGCGAUUGAACAAAAUGGAAAUAUCUAUUUACCAAAAAAAAA